GCUGGACCAGACCGGCUGGACCAGGCGGGUAGGCCGGGCCCAGCUGGGCUCCCCGGGACUGGGGCUUGGCGCUGCGGCCCCGAUCAUGGAGCUGCGGGCGCCCGGCGAGGUGCUGAUGAGCCAGGCGGUCCAGCCGGCCCACGCCAACGCCCGCGGCGAGCUGAGCGCCGGGCAGCUGCUCAAGUGGAUCGACAUCACCGCCUGCCUGGCGGCUGAAAAACAUGCUGGAGUUUCCUGUGUCACAGCCUCUAUGGAUGACAUACAGUUUGAGGAGACAGCUAGAGUUGGACAAGUUAUAACCAUCAAAGCCAAAGUUACUAGAGCCUUCAGCACAAGCAUGGAGAUCAGUAUCAAGGUCAUGGUACAGGAUGUGUCCACUGGCAUUGAGAAGCUUGUUAGUGUGGCUUUUUCUACAUUUGUAGCCAAACCAGUUGGAAAAGAAAAGAUUCAUUUAAAACCAGUCACACUUCUGACUGAACAAGAUCACGUGGAACAUAAUCUGGCUUCUGAGAGAAGGAAAGUUCGGUUACAGCACGAGGAGACUUUUAACAAUUUAAUGAAGGAAAGUAGCAAGUUCGAUGAUCCCAUUUGUGAGGAAGAGGAAGGAACGGUCUCCACAAGGGGCACCUCGGUUCAGAGCAUCGAACUUGUCCUCCCACCUCACGCAAACCAUCACGGGAAUACCUUUGGUGGCCAGAUUAUGGCUUGGAUGGAGACAGUCGCGACUAUUUCUGCAAGCCGCCUGUGUCGGGUGCAUCCCUUCCUGAAGUCUGUGGAUAUGUUUAAGUUCCGGGGACCCUCUACAGUCGGAGACCGUCUUGUCUUCAAUGCCAUUGUUAACAAUACGUUUCAGACCUGUGUUGAAGUUGGAGUUCGCGUGGAGGCCUUUAACUGUCGGGAAUGGGCCGAGGGUCACGGCCGCCACAUCAAUAGCGCUUUUCUCAUUUAUAAUGCUGUUGAUGAUAAAGAAGAACCCAUCACAUUUCAAAGAAUCAAGCCCAUUUCAAAGGAUGAUUUUAGACGCUACCGGGGCGCUAUUGCUCGUAAGAGAAUUCGCCUGGGCAGAAAAUAUGUUAUUUCUCACAAAGAAGAGGUUCCGCUGUGCAUACACUGGGAUAAAAGCAAGCAGGCUUCGUUGAGUAAUGGCAAUGUGGAGGCGCUCAAAAAACUGGCGGCCAAAAAAGGCUGGGAGGUGACCAGCGCUGUGGGCAAGAUAAAAAUAUAUACUCUGGAAGAACAGGAUGUCGUAUCUGUGUGGGUUGAAAAGCACGUGGCCCGCCCAGCCCACGUGGCUUAUCAUCUCUUGUCUGACUUCACGAAGCGACCUUUGUGGGACCCCCAUUUCAUGUCCUGUGAAGUCAUAGACUGGGUGGGUGAAGAUGAUCGGAUAUAUUACAUCACCUGUCCUAUAGUGAAUGGUGACAAGCCCAAAGACUUGGUAGUGCUCGUAUCACGCAGAAAGCCUCACAGAGAUGGUAACACCUACAUGGUGGCAGCGAAGUCAGUCAUUCUGCCCUCCGUCCCACCAUCUCCACAGUAUAUCAGAAGUGAAAUCAUAUGUGCUGGAUUUCUCAUCCACACCAUUGACAGCACUUCAUGCACUGUAUCUUACUUUAACCAGGUUUCUGCUAGCAUUCUGCCUUACUUUGCCGGAAAUCUUGGCGGCUGGUCAAAAUCCAUUGAAGAAACAGCAGCCUCCUGUAUACAGUUCAUAGAGAAUGCUACUGAUGAGGGGUCUCUAAGCUCAUUUUAGAUGGUCAACUUUCCAUCACCUGUACUUUAAAUGCCCACUUUUAAUUCCAAGCACCCUUAGCCAAGAUACUUAACAGCUUUAAAACUCUGUUUUAGCUAAUCUGAGGCUCUGCCUCUUUCAGGGGCACAGAAAAUUGAAAAUUGCCUGUACAUUCAAUAUUGCUUAUUCCAGAAAAUGGCACACAUUUAAUUACAAUUAUCAUAAACAUUUUUAAGUUACA